UAUCAUCAUUUAUACAAUACUUAAACUAAUAUACAAAAUAUAAGUUUUAAAAUACUUUAAAACUUAUAAUUUAUUUUAACCAUAAGAAUUUUAUUCAGUACAUAAACUUGUUAACAACCAAAAUGUAUUUACCAGUUUUUUUUACUCUAAUUUUGAGUUUUUUUACAAAACUAACCAUUUGUAAUGAAAGACCAGUGAUUGGAAUACUAGCACAAGAAGUUUAUUGGUCUAGUUUUAAAAAUUUAAGACCAUCAAAUUACACGUAUAUAGCUGCAUCUUAUGUUAAAGCAAUUGAAGCUUCUGGAGGACGAGUUGUACCAGUUUUCACCAACAGAACUACUGAAUAUUACAAGAAUGUAGUGAAAAAAGUGAAUGGCAUUUUGGUUCCUGGAGGAGAGAGUACAUUUAAUAAUAGUUUUGGAAUCAGUCGAUCGACACAUGAAAUCUUUCGGAUUGCAAAAAAUGUAAAUGAUAACGGAGAUCGAUUUCCAAUUCUUGGAAUUUGUCUAGGAUUUGAACUUCUUCUAGUUACAUCUAUAGACGGAAAAAAUCCUCUAACAAACUGUAAUGCUCAGGAUAUGUAUUUACCUCUAAAUCUAAUACCAAAAAUGGAAGAAAAAAGUGUGUUGUUCAAAAAAAUGCCAAAGGAUAUCCAAAAAAUAUUACUUACAGAACCAGUUACAGCUAACUAUCAUAGACAAUGUUUAACAGAAAAGAACUUCACGUCAAUGGAGUUAGAUCGCUUUUGGAAUUCCAUAACAGUAAAUAAAGAUUCAAAUAAUUUAACAUUCAUAUCCACAGUAGAAGCUAAAAAUUAUCCAUUUGUGGGAUUACAAUAUCAUCCAGAAAAGAAUUUCUAUGAAUGGGAAAGAAAUGACCCUCAUAGUUGGUCAGCAAUACAUUCAGCACGUUAUUUUUAUGAUUGGUUCAUUAAUGAAUGUCGUAAAAACAAGCAUAGAUAUAUUGAUAAUAAUACGCUAGAUAACGAAUUAAUUUAUAAUUAUCCUACUUCAUACAUAGGAAAAUUAAACUAUGUUUUUGAACAAGUAUACUUUUUUGAUGGAUAAGUAUCAAUUAUAUAUUUAAAAUAU